UCGAGAGCGGCCCUCUGUACUUCGCUCCGGUGCUGUGCGGGACACUCGCUCCUGGGGUCUCGGGCCGCCCGUGGUAGCGGGUGUCACUCCCUCCGCCCUCAGCGGCCUUCUUAUCUCGGGGAGCGGAGGAGGGGCGCGUGCCCUGCGCAGGCGAGCGCGGGGGGCGCGGCGGCCGCCCUGGGAAUGGGCGGGAGAGGCGGAGGAGCUCCGGGUGCUAUUGGCUGGCAGGAGCGGUGGGCGGGGCUUAGCCCGAGCCGCCCCGUUUAUUGGUGGAAUUUGGGCUUGGUUUUCCCGUUACCGCCACGUAGGCGCUUUUUAGAGCCUCGGGGCCAGUAGUUUGGUCGUCCGUCUGCAAACCGGGGCAGCCUACGGGGUGGAAGGACGGUUAGAGGGACAGGCCUUCGAUAUUUUGAAUCACCUACACAUGGAGCACAAAGAUGAUGAUGAUGAUGAUGAUGAUGAUGUGUCUUUUGCGAAAUGGAUGAGCAGCUUCUGGGGUCACAGCUGGAUGGAAGAGAAUGAGCGAGGACUCCGGGGCCGUCGUGGAUCACAAGAUGCCAGUUACAGGAAAACCUCCCUGCCCUGCCCUUUUCCUGUGUUUCCCAGAAUCCCAUCAUCCAACAGCCAUCCCAGAAGGCAUUCUCAUGAGGCCCAGGGAUUUCAAUGCCAUUCCCACAUCCCGGAUUACAGAAAAUUCUCAGCAGACGAGUCACGCAACGAGCCGCUGGAAUCAAAAAGAAGAUCCCAUUCCAAAAUUCAAGCAUUUCCAGAGUCUUUUGAGCAGCAAUUGUGCUUUAGAACCAAACGCUCUGCAUCUUUGGGACCGGAGAGCAGAAGGGAGAGAAAUGAAAGGGAAUGCCUGAGGAUGGAGAUAAGAUCUCAAAAGAAAGUAGAGGAAAAAAGCAGCUCUAGGAAGGACGAACACGGAGAAGCAUGCAUGCCCCCCUUGUUUGAAAAAGAGUCCAAAUAAUAUUUUGUUUCCACAUCAUUUCUACAGAUUCUACUGUGUUUUUUGGGUUUCAGAACACCAGGCCAGGGGGUGGUAGCUGUGAACGAGUGUCCUCAGAUGCUGAGUGACCACUGGGUGGGGGGUGGGGAGUGUGAUCUGCUGUGUUGUCUUUUUAUGGGAAUAAGGAGAAGAAAAGGUAUUUUAACAGAAUAAGUGAUUCUUAAAAAUGUAAAGAAAGAUAUUGAAAGAACCACCCACCCAUCUUCAGUAACUCUUCUUCCACAUUAACCUUGCAAAUAAUUUAAAAUAAAAGUCAUUGGUGUCACUCUAA